UUCCUUCUGUCACUGGGCUGGCCCCUCCCCAGAGAUUGGACACCUCCUCUCCUGCCUUCCCUAUAAAGUCUCUUGGGGUUCCCAGGCACCUAGACUCAGCCCACCCCCAACUUUGGGGGCCAGGAGAUAGCCAUGAUGUUCAACUGGAAGCUACUGGGGAUCCUGGUCCUUUACCUGUAUGCCGUAGGCAUCUCAGGCAACGGAGACCACCCCUCUCACCCACCCACAGAGGCUGGAGAAGAGGAUGGGUCCCCAACAUUGCCUCAGGGCCCCCCAAUCCCUGGUGACCCUUGGCCAGGGGCACCCCCUCUCUUUGAGGACCCUCCACCUCCUGGCCCCAGUCGUCCCUGGAGAGACCUGCCUGAAUCUGGAGUCUGGCCUCCUGAGCCCCCAAGAACCGAUCCCCCUCAACCUCCCCGGCCUGAUGAUCCCUGGCCAGCAGGACCCCAGCCUCCAGAACACCCCUGGCCACCUGCUCCUGAAGUGGACCAUGGAUCUCAAGAGGAGCCAGAUCUUGACCCACCCCGGGAAGAAUACAGAUAGAGGGAUUCCCCAGAGGCAUCUCAGUGCCCUCCAAGCCCAUCUGAACCCUUCUGAUUCCCCUUCAGUUCUCCCCAAUUUAUCCUCCAUUUCUUUCCUCAUUCUUUCAAUUAAUUCUGAAUUCUCAGUAUUUCCUGUCCACUUCUGAGUUCCGCCCACAUUUCCCCACCAGUUUUCUCUGACAACUGAAGCAUACACCCCUACCUCAUGUCCAGUCCUCCCCCAGUACUUGCUUCCCAACUUCCUCUUUCCCACUCCUGCCCCACACUGUGUUUUCUGCUGCCGCCUGGUGGCCUACAGCUGCAAACUAUCAGGAGACCAAAACGGCGCUUCCAUGAAAUGGAAAAAUAAAAAAACCCCAUGUUUUCUUAAUUUUGAA